AGAAUUAAAAAAAAUGGCUUGCAUUGUAUUUGGGUUUAAGGCUUUAUGUUUUUCUUUCUUAUUCGUCGCCGUAGCAAGUCGUCCAACCGCAUGGAAGAAGGUUUUCAACGUCCAACGUUAUGGUGCUACAAGUGACGGCAAAACUGAUAAUGUCAAUGCGUUCAAAACCGUGUGGAAAAGUGCAUGCUCAAGAAUAAAUGGAAAUAGUAAAAUCUAUGUGCCAAAAGGAACAUUUUAUCUCGGUGGUAUAGAGUUCCUAGGACCAUGUAAAAAUAAAAUUGAAUUUGUUAUCGAUGGAACCUUAUUAGCUCCUGCAAACCCUAAAGAUAUUAAGCAAGACACCUGGAUAAACUUCAGAUACAUUGAUAAUCUCUCUAUCUACGGCAAAGGAACACUCGAUGGGCAAGGAAAACAGUCUUGGCCAUUCAAUGACUGUCAUAAGAACACAAGUUGUCCUCAACUCGCUAAGACAAUGGGAUUUGCAUUUGUUAACGAUUCAAGUGUCAAAGGGAUAACAUCACUUAACAGCAAAAUGGCACACUUUAACUUCUUCCAAGUCCAUCACUUCAAUAUCACUGAAGUCAAUAUAACAGCUCCUGGCGAUAGUCCUAACACCGACGGGAUCAAAAUAGGUUACUCGAGCAACAUGCAAAUUUCCAACACUCAAAUUGGCACUGGAGACGAUUGUAUCGCCAUUCUCCCGGGAACAACGAAUCUUGAUAUCUCUAACGUCACUUGCGGUCCUGGACAUGGGAUUAGUGUUGGGAGCUUGGGGAAAAACAAGGCUGAAAAAGAUGUGAAUGGUUUAACUGUAAGUGACACAAUUUUUAACGGUACGAGUAAUGGUAUUAGGAUCAAGACAUGGGAAUCAUCGGCUUCAAACAUACUUGUUUCAAAAUUCGUUUACGAGAAUAUUCAGAUGAUUAAUGUUGGAAUACCGAUAAAUAUUGAUCAGAAGUAUUGCCCUUAUCCACCGUGUGAAAAGAAGGGGGACUCUCAUGUUCAGAUCCAAGAUGUGGAAUUACAAAAUAUAUAUGGAACCUCGACAACCAAAACAGCAGUGAGUCUGCAAUGUAGCAAGAGCGUUCCUUGUAAGAAUAUUCAUCUAAUUGACAUUGACUUAAAAUACAACGGAACUAAUGAGCAAGGUCCUGCCAUUGCGAUGUGCCAAAAUGUUGACGGUUAUGCUCGUGGCAAGAAGUUUCCCCCGAAUUGUCUAGAUUGAUUCGACUAUGAUUUGAUAAUUUCCAUAUAUAUAUAUCAUUGGUAUGUAUAGUA